AUGCUGAAGUACAGAGACAGCUACAGAACUGGUGAUUACUCCAGCUACGUCUCUGGAAGGGAACGAGAUAACCGAGGGAGAGGAUUCCGUGAACGUGAGAGAGAUCCGAGAGAUAGAGACCCCAGAGAGCGUGAUGGCCCCAGAGAUGGAUAUAAUGACAGAGGCAAUAGAGGCCGCUUUGACCGUGAUAAUGGACUGGAUCCUCGUGACAGACGAAAUAACUUCCGCUCUUAUGAUAAUAGGUACGACAAUAGGCCUCGUGGUCGCAAUGACGGAAAUGGUUAUAGAAACCAAGGUGGUCGCUACCGUGAAGCAGAGAAGGACUACGACCCAGAUGCUGGUCUCAGCAAGGAAGCAAAGAUGCAAAAAUAUGAGAAGAAGUUGGCAUCACUAACGGAAUACCCAACGAUAGAGAAGUUCCCUCUUAUAGGGUCUGGAUGGGGAGUGAAGCCUAAGGGCCUUGAGAAUGUAACGGCUCAACGUGCAAAGCUUUCUGGGUUAUUUCCUCUUCCGGGAGCCCCCAGGACAGCUGAGGAUGCAAAAAUAGGAGAUCUCAUAAAAGAUGGGUCUUCCGAGUCUGGUGUAUUGAUGGCCACUUCCAAGAUUGACCCACUCGAUUCCCGGAACUCUUGUAUUAUACUUGUGAGGGACUUGGAUUUCUCAAAGGUCGCCUACUUAAAGGUUGCGGACAUCUUUGAUAAGUUUUUAAGAUCAGUGGAUUUGGAAGGUACCUCACUUAAUAUGAACUACGAAAAGGCCAGGAAAACCAAGGACGAGUCGACGAUGAUCAUCGAAUUCAAAACUAGUGUCGCUGCAACGCUAGCACUUGCACUUAAUGGGAAAGAAAUUCCACUUGCUUCCGUUGCUCAAGAUGGAGCUCACUCGGUGUCUGGCAAUUUGAAGCUCGUGCUUUCUCGUCCUGGCGAAUAUGUCGUCCAAUGUCUUCCGCCAUACAAAUCUGGAGACGAUGAGUUGAAGGACGAAGUGAUAGAUAGCCCGAGAAAGUUGACUUUGCAGAUUGACAAAGCCACUACAGAAUCACAACUACAAGAUGCAUUGACUUCUAUUUCCCCCCUUCGAGCGUUCAAACUAUUACGUGAAGUGGGCACGAAAGAUUCCGUUGGACUUGCAUUUGCCGAAUUUUAUGUCGAUCCAAAGAAGCAUUCAAAAACGAGCGACGCUAUUAAAGUGGUAUCCCAACAUGCUAAAAGUGCUCGUGAGCUUUCGAUGAUAAAAAGCGUCGAGUUUUCAUGCAUUGAAGUCUCUGAAGCAGGCGAGAUCAAAACAAGCAUCCAGGACUGUCCUAUUGACCUCAAGACUUUGCGGGCCUUGGUGCGUAACGAAUACGUCCAGUACCAUGCGAAGCUGAGGGUGGUCCAACUCAUAAAUGCUGUCACUCCAAAUGACCUCGCCGAUGACGUGAAUUUCAGAUUUAUUCACCACGAUAUCAAAGAAGAAGCUGAAACUUUCGGAAAGGUCGUAUCUCUCCGUAUACCAAGACCACCUCACGAUUAUACUCCUGGAAUGCAGCUGCAUGUCAACCAACCAGGCCUUGGUAAGGUCUAUAUCGAGUCGCUCAUACAACGAUAG